UAACAAUUCUUAGCAUUUCAAUUUAAAUGGCUGGUAGUUAUUUAUUGCCUCCAUUGUAACUCGUUAUUUUUAACACAAUGUUAUUGUUGAUUCCAUUACUAUUGUGUUCCGCGGUGAACUCCGCGAGAAUAUUAGGAGUGUUCCCAAUGCCUUCGAUAAGUCAUCAAGUGGUGUUCCGGCCGUUGACCCUGGAACUGGCGAAGCGAGGACACGAGCUGGUGGUUAUAACACCGAACCCGGCUUUACCGAAAGAUAGGCCGAAGGAUAACAUAACAGAAAUAGAUACCGGAAGCACCUACGCAAUUAUAAGAAGUUUAAUAAAAGAAAAUGCUCAGACAGUCAUGGAGAGAGGAGUAAUUUCGGGCUUAGAAAUUAUGAUAUCUGAUGACACACUUCGAAGAAUGUUGUCAGUAUACGAAGUAUUUUUCGAUAUUGAAGAAGUGAAUAAACUAUUAAAUGACAAAACACAGAAGUUUGACCUUGUAAUUGCAGAGGGAUUCCUUCAUUCGCAUUUCGUAUUCGCGAAGAUUUUUGAUGCCCCAUUGAUAGCUUUUUCGUCUUUCCAAGGAUUUGCUGAAGAUUUCGAAGCCGCCGGCGCAGUGGCGAGGCAUCCUAUACACUACCCGAAUUUGAUGAGGAACAAAUUUAAGGAUCUUUCAUUUGUUGAAAAAAUUAAAGAGGUCUACAACGAAUAUAGAUGUAUUCGUUGGUUUGCUAAACUAGAAAAAUUCGAAACGGAUUUGCUGAAAAAGAAGAUUGGAAAGCAUGCCCCAACAGUUGAUGAACUAAAAGAUCUAGUGUCUUUGGUGCUUUUAAAUUCUUUUCCUGUGUUUGACGGUAACCGUCCUGUGCCUCCUAACGUUAUUUAUUUAGGUGCAUUACAUCUGCAGCCUGUGAAGGAACUCCCAAAGGACCUGAAGGAAUUCAUAGACAACUCAAAACGUGGGGUGGUCUACAUUAGUUUUGGAUCCAACGUGAUACCUUCGUUAAUGGACAAGGAAUUAUUGGAUGAGUUUCUGAACGCCUUCGGACGGAUACCUUAUGAUAUUUUGUGGAAAUUCGACGGAGACAAUCUUGAAAAUGUUCCGGAUAAUGUAAGGAUACAGAAGUGGUUCCCGCAGAGGGAUUUAUUGGUGCAUCCAAACAUCAAAGCCUUCGUCACGCAAGGCGGUCUUCAGUCCACCGACGAAGCCAUAGACGCUGAAGUACCUCUAGUCGGAAUACCGUUCCUGGCAGACCAAUGGUACAACGUGUACAAAUACACAAAACUUGGUAUUGGAGUGGAUUUGGAUCCUUAUACUGUAACCGCUGAUGAUAUUGUGAGGGGAGUGGAAACUGUUACUACAGAUGGCAGUUUCAAACAAAACAUGAAGAAAGUGAAGUCGAUUAUGUAUGACACGCCGCAGACGCCGCUCGAGCGCGCCGUGUGGUGGACGGAGUUCGUGUUGCGACACAAAGGCGCGCAACACCUCAAGCCACCCGCCGCCAACAUGUCCUACACUGAAUACUAUAUGCUUGACUUCGUGUUAACCCUUCUUGGAAUACUAUUAAUAGCAUUAGUUAGUGUAGUGUAUAUUGUAUGCUAUAUUAUUAGCUUAUUUAAAUCUAGUCCUGUUAAAGUAAAACGAAGUUAAUUUAUA